AUGGUGAAGGCGGGAAUCGAUUCCUCGACAUCGAUUACUGCGCUCAGGCUGCUGUCAGAGCUGGUACUUCUGACCGGUCCGCCACGAAGGCCCCAUAUUUGUAAAUUGUCUUGCCAAGGAUGUAUUGUGCACUUGGAAACCAGAACAUCGAAGAAAAAAGACUUCAUGUUUGAUAUUCUGGUUAGAGUUGAUGCUACAAAAGAUCGAGUGCUGCACAUCAUAAAGGCUCUAAAGGCAAAUUCUGUUCAGGAUAUAAAUAUUUUGGUUGAAGAAAAAAUAAGUAUUAAAGAUCCAUGGUUUCCUCGACACAUCAGUGAUUUGGAUUUCUGUACUCAUAUAAUGACCAAAUUUGAACCUGAAUUGGAUAUGGAUCAUCCAGGAUUUUCAGACCCAAUUUAUCGCGCAAGAAGGAAACAAAUAGCUGAAAUUGCUUUUGAUUAUAAAUAUGGAGAAAAGAUACCAACUGUUAAAUACACAGAGGAUGAAAUUCGUACAUGGGGUGUUGUGUUUAGUAACCUGAAACUUUUCCUUCCUACGCAUGCCUGCUCUCAAUAUUUAGAAGUAUUUUCUGUUCUCGAAAAAGAAUGUGGUUACCGAGCUGAUAAUAUCCCACAACUUGAAGAUGUGUCGCAAUUUCUUAAAAAAAGAACAGGCUUCCAAGUCAGACCAGCAGCUGGGCUACUCACUGCCCGAGACUUCCUGGCUAGCUUAGCAUUUCGUGUUUUCCAGUCUACCCAGUACGUAAGACAUGGAUCAUCUCCUGAUCAUUCUCCUGAACCAGACUGUAUUCAUGAAUUGCUGGGCCACAUUCCAAUGCUAGCAGAUUCAAGUUUUGCUCAGUUUUCUCAGGAAAUUGGAUUGGCUUCCCUGGGUGCUUCUGACGUUGAGAUUGAAAAAUUUGCUACGUUGUAUUGGUUUACAGUUGAGUUUGGACUCUGCAAACAAAAUGGGGAAACUAAAGCCUACGGAGCGGGACUUUUAUCUUCUUACGGGGAACUUGAGCAUUCCUUGUCCAGCAAACCGGAACAUCGCAUUUUUGAUCCGGAAAAAGCAGCUGUUCAACCUUAUCAAGACCAAGAUUAUCAAGACAUUUAUUAUGUCGCAGAAACUUUUGAUGAUGCCAAAGAGAAAUUCAGAAACUACGUCGCUCAGCAUUUAAAUCGCAAUUAUGAAGUACGCUAUGAUCCUUUCACUCAGUCGAUCCAGAUAUUAGAUUCAACUGAAAAGCUGCAUUCAUUGUCAGACAGUCUGCGUACAGAAAUCGUGCGACUUUCUAGUGCGAUCAAAAAGUUAACUGUUCAUUAA